CGCGCCCGUCCGUCCGUCGCCGCGGUGACCGUCCUCGGAGUCCGUCGGCUCGCGCCCCGCCCCCGUUCUGCUGCCCCCUCCCCUGUCGCGCGCGGGGGGUGUUUCUCGCUCCUCGCGAGUUGCCGCCGCCGCGGUCGCCGCUGCUCCUCCUCUCCCAGUCUUGGGUUUCCCAGGCACUGCUGCCGCCGCUACCUCUGCGGUCUGUAUGAGGAGGAGGAGGAUGUGAAGAUGGCGGAGCUGCAGAUGCUGCUGGAGGAAGAAAUCCCGGGGGGCCGCCGGGCCCUCUUCGACAGUUACACGAAUCUGGAACGGGUGGCAGAUUACUGCGAGAACAACUACAUCCAGUCAGCAGAUAAGCAGCGAGCUCUAGAAGAAACCAAAGCCUACACCACCCAGUCCUUAGCAAGUGUUGCGUAUCUGAUAAAUACCUUGGCCAACAAUGUCCUGCAGAUGCUGGAUAUCCAAGCAUCCCAGCUACGAAGGAUGGAAUCUUCAAUCAAUCAUAUUUCACAAACCGUUGAUAUUCAUAAAGAGAAAGUUGCAAGAAGAGAGAUUGGUAUUUUGACUACCAAUAAAAACACUUCAAGGACACAUAAGAUUAUUGCUCCAGCCAAUCUUGAACGACCAGUUCGUUAUAUUAGAAAACCUAUUGACUAUACAAUUCUAGAUGAUAUUGGACAUGGAGUAAAGUGGUUGCUUAGAUUUAAGGUGAGUACCCAGAAUAUGAAGAUGGGUGGGCUGCCGCGUACAACACCUCCAACUCAGAAACCCCCCAGUCCCCCUAUGUCAGGGAAAGGGACACUUGGGCGGCACUCCCCCUAUCGCACACUGGAGCCAGUGCGUCCUCCAGUGGUACCAAAUGAUUACGUACCUAGCCCAACCCGUAAUAUGGCUCCCUCGCAGCAGAGCCCUGUGAGGACAGCUUCUGUGAAUCAAAGAAAUCGAACUUACAGCAGCAGCGGGAGUAGUGGAGGGAGCCACCCGAGUAGUCGGAGCAGCAGUCGGGAGAACAGUGGCAGUGGGAGCGUGGGGGUUCCUAUUGCUGUCCCGACUCCCUCUCCUCCCAGUGUCUUUCCAGCCCCUGCUGGCUCUGCUGGUACUCCUCCCCUUCCUGCUACUUCUGCAUCUGCCCCUGCCCCUCUUGUUCCUGCUACUGUCCCUUCCUCCACUGCCCCAGACGCUGCUGCUGGGGGUGCCCAGACCCUUGCUGAUGGCUUCACUUCUCCAACUCCCCCUGUUGUUUCUUCCACUCCCCCUACAGGUCAUCCUGUUCAGUUCUACAGCAUGAAUAGACCUGCCUCUCGCCAUACUCCCCCAACAAUAGGGGGCUCGUUGCCCUAUAGACGCCCUCCUUCCAUAACUUCACAAACAAGCCUUCAGAAUCAGAUGAAUGGAGGACCUUUUUAUAGCCAGAAUCCAGGUGAAGAAACUGAGGCUGAGGUGAUGUCAGUAUCUCUUGCUCCUCCUCCUCCCUCCAUCCUACAGGUAACUCCUCAGUUACCUUUAAUGGGAUUUGUGGCCCGAGUCCAAGAAAAUAUUUCAGAUACACCACCUCCACCACCACCUGUGGAAGAACCAGUUUUUGAUGAAUCCCCCCCUCCACCUCCUCCUCCAGAAGAUUAUGAAGAGGAAGAAGCAGCUGUGGUCGAGUAUAGUGAUCCUUAUGCUGAAGAAGACCCACCGUGGGCUCCAAGGUCUUACUUGGAAAAGGUUGUGGCAAUUUAUGAUUAUACAAAAGACAAGGAAGAUGAGCUGUCCUUUCAGGAAGGAGCCAUUAUUUAUGUCAUCAAGAAGAAUGAUGAUGGUUGGUAUGAGGGAGUUAUGAAUGGAGUGACUGGGCUCUUUCCCGGGAAUUAUGUUGAGUCUAUCAUGCAUUAUUCUGAGUAAAGCUCAGCAGGGCUAUGCUUCCCUGAAUAGUCAGGUCUUCCCAGAUUAUCAAAAGGCCCUGGGGCUUCCCCUCCAGUGAAAUGAAGGAAAGAUACAAAUGACACAAACUACUUACGUUUUUUUGGUUUAUUCCCCAGUAUUAAAAAAGCAAGCUGAAUCUGAACAAAUGGGUCUUUCUGCCAUUAUUUGUACUAUGCUGACCUGUUUGGAUUAAAAUAAAGUGACCAUUUCUAAAUAUAUCAGAGGUAUAAUAGCAUAACUCUGUAAAACAAAUCAGGUUAAGACUGAUUCAGAAAAAAUCUGGGAUUUUUCUCAGGAAUACUGUACACCCUUGGGAUUUCUCCUCCUGCAGAAUCUGUGGCAUUGGAUGCUCUUCAGUGCCUGUGCUAAAGGGUCAGCCUUGUGGUCUCGCGCCGUACCCGCACCCCACACUUUCUUCCACUUGUAUGAGGAGAAGUGAACUAGUAUUUAAAUACCAUACUUAACCAUUUUUAUAAUUGUUUCGAUGGCUUAUUUCCUCUUAACACUGUAAAUUCUGCAUUCUCUCAGCACUUUGAGUGCACCAGAUGAGUUAACGCUGCUGACUUGCAUCCCUUCAUGUUUUUCAGUUUGUAGAUUGAGGAUGAUGAAAUGAGUCCCCAAACAUUCUGAGGGUGGUUAACAGUCGCUGGCUUGAUUUUAAUGUGCUGCUGCUGCAUGAGACUGCAUUGCCACUAAUGGCUUGUGUACCCAGAUGUGUGAAGUGUGGUAGCCCGGAUCGUAUACUGAAGUAGGCGCGUGAAGCUAGAUGUGAGGUCCUGAGGUUCUGAAGAGAUUGAACUGUAGAAACGUUCUGCUCAAUAGGCAUCCUAAACCCUUGCCUUAGGCAUUCUUUCCAGGAGUAGAAUCUUGGAGGUCAGACCAGUUAUUUCGUUACUUCUUUCACUAUUUAGAAAAAAUUCUUUUUUGGAAAAUAGCAGCUACUUUCAAGUCUCUUAACAGUCACUGGGAACAAAAGUCUUGCUACCGUCCUCUCUGUUGUUAAUGGCCAGUGUUAGCUGCUGCUGAGUAGUUUACUCAAUUCUAGGAAAGGGAAAUACUCUCCCAGUUUUGUGUGACUGGCUUUAGUAGCUUCUGUUGGUGAGAAUUUGAACCUUGUACCUCAGACUAAGAAUCGUGGGAUAAGAGGUGUAAGGGCAAAUACUUAUCUAAUUACAUUGCUAAAAAUUAAUGUAAUGUUGAGAGAAACAAUAACAAGUAUUUCUUUCUGUCUGUACAAAUUAUAGCUUCAAAUGCAGUGGAGUUUGUAAGGCAGGUGGAUUUACUCAUCUUCUUUAAUCAGUAUAAAAAAUAGUGGAAACGUCCAGGAGGGCUUGCUGCUCAGCAGGUGGAAGCUGCGGCGAUGACCCAGCUCACAGACCCAGCAGUGCUGUGGGUUUGUCCCAGUCCCAGGGACUUGGCCAGAAGAGCCUUUUGCCAGGUCAUUUUCCGGUGCUGGGUGAAAGGGGAGAGGCAAUAGCUGCAUUUACUUCAAGUGAAGGCCUUUAACAGGAUAGUAGAGGUCGAGAAAUUUGAAAAAUGAACAAGUGCGCACUAGUGUGUGAGGGAACUCGGUGUAAGCAAAAGUUAAUAUUCUGCUUACAAAUCUGAGCACAGAACUUCAUCCCCAUUUAACUGAGACCCAUAUACAGAGUUCCCUUAUCAAGACUUUUCGUUUUAAAGUUGUAGGGGUUUUCCUCCCACACACUGCAGGUUAGCUGUUUGCUUUUAGAUUUCUUCAACACUUUGAAUUUAGUGUUCAUUAACUUGCCUCUGCUCCAUGCUUUUGUUAGGUCAUCUUGACAUUCUUUACUCCCUGUUUUCCUUCAAAGUAAUGGCCCUGAAGUGUCGUCUGAGCCUUCGGGUUCAUUAUGGACCUGGAUAGAUUAAACUUUUCUUAGUGUUGGUGGAUAACUAGGAAACCUGUUUUGAAAUUAGAUGUUCCAGUUUUUACUUAAAUAGCUUUGUGCUGAGAAAGCUUAGUGGAUUUUUAAGGCAAGGAGGUAUUUUGAAAUCCAGUAUAGUUCUCACAGCUCACACCUACAGAAGCAGAGAAGAUAAUUGUGCAAAACAGUUGGUGGUAGUCCGCUUGCCUGUUGGACCCCUUCUGGAUUGUGGGGUGCAGAAGACACUGAUGAAGUCCUUCAUACUGAAGACCUGCAGCAGAGGGGGAUCCAUGGGUCAGCUUUUUCUUUAUUAUUUAGUACUAAUCUGUGUGAUUGUUUUAAAAAAACCUGUUGGAUUUUCGGUAUAUUUUAAAUUUUUGUACAGUUUUGAAUUUUCUAUAUUGUCUUGGAAGGAUGCUAUGUAAUGAUGAUAGGCCAGGCCUACACUAAUUGGAGACUUUUAAUGUAUGUAAUAUUUCAUAGAUUGCAUGCUAUUAAUAGUCUGUGAAGGUAGUAUUUCUUGAUUUAUCGUAAGUUUCCCCCAUUUAUCUUUUUAUAAACUACAAGAUGGUAGUAGGAAUUCCAAAUGAAUACAGAAAUCUUACAGGAUACAUAAUAUUGUGGCAAAGAUGAUCCAAGUCUAAAAUCUUGACUAGUAAGCAACCAUUCUGACAGGAUAGAGGGAAUCUAAUGGGAGAGGGGAUUUUUUUCCUCCUCAAGUGCUUCUUUUUUUUUCCAUUUAAAAAAAAAAAGUGACUUAAGCACCCCACCCCCUGCCCGUUGCUUUUGGUACUACUAUUUAAAAGGCCAUGGGGAAAUUAAUGAAAAUACACUUUCUUGUUGACCUUAUGACAGGGCAAUAAAUUUAAAAACCAAAAUCUAGCCCCGAGAGAUUCAGCCUGUAUUGGGAGUAAAUAUGAGUCUUUUGAGAUGUCUUGAUCAGUAUUUUCCAUUCUUUUGGCUAGUUGCCUUCUAUCUCCCUCAGGGGCACCUGCUGUUCCCAUCUUAGGGUUGGCAAGGGCCUGCUACUUUUGCUGUAUUCCUAAAAGUCACUAGGUGGGACAUUCUUAUCCCUCCCUUUCUUUCCCCCUCCUGCUGCUGUUUAUUACCCAGCUAGAGAGAAGGUUUUGUGCAUCUUUACAGUGAUGUCUGUGAUGCAGGUGUGCUCCUUAGCUGUCUUAUGUUGAUUACUGAUGAUUACUUAAAAGAUUUUUCUGCUGGAGAGGCAUCAAAAUGAUGGUAGUUUGCUUUUAUCCUUUUGUGUUCAUUUUCUUUUAGCAGGUACCUUUCUGCAUUAAGAACUGUUCCUUUAUUUUUAUUACCUUUUCUCCUUGGUGGAGAGAGCAUGACAUGUUCUGAAGGCCACCUUGCCCUCUGAAAAGGGUUUGAUGGAGGAAUUGGCAGGUGACUGCCAAGUCUUCAAAAAGAAGGGAUCUGAAUCACUUCCCAUCUGUUCACUUCUGAACGUCUUUGGCCAGGAACUCCUGACUGGUGUGAAGGUGAUGAUUUCCCUCACAUGAUUUACUUAGGAUCAUAGAAUUUUAGAGCUAGAGGAUAAAAAAUUUUAGUUCAUUUUCCAUUUUAACUGAGGAGGUUAGACAUUUCGUUUCAGAUAACAGCUAGUUAACAGUGGUAGAGUUCCUCAACGCCUGGUACUCUUUCUACAACUGUCUUAAUUGAAUGUGCUGUUUCUUUAAAAACUGAGUUCUACUUGAUGUCUUCAGGAAGAUACUUGAAAAGAUAUGCUGUUUCGAUAAAUACCAUCAGUAUUCAAAUUGUUUAAAGGAGUGUACUAAGUGCAACCUUAAUUAGUGAAAAUAAUCAUUUUAACCCUCUACUACACUCAGUACUAUGUAGCAAAAAUAGGUUCUAUUAUUUCAACACUGGCAGGAGCACAGCAAAAAGCCUUAUUGAGAGAGCCUUAUAAGACAGUUCUUAAAUGGAGGCAUUGUGCUCAUAACCUGAAGUUUACUUUAUGCUGAUCUUUGUUCCUAUUUCUUAAGAAUUUCAUAAUUCUUAAAAUUGACAAUAGGGCCUAGCUAUGUAUAAAUGAUCCUUGCUAAAUAUCUUGAGGUUUUUUUGUAAAAAACACAAAAAGCUUAUUUUCACAUUAAAAUGGUAAUGUCUUUUGCAACUUCAGAAUUCUAUGGAAAAGCAGUUUUUCAUACUUUGUGUCCAUGCAUCUUUCUUCUUAAAAUGGUUUACAAAAAAGAAUGUAAACACUUGUGAUCUGGCCAGUUGUAUUUUUAAGCUCCUGCAGAGAGGGUUGGUGUUCUGAGUUGAGUAGAAAUCAUGCAGGAAAACUUGAGGGAGCAGUCUGUUGCCAGUAAUGUUUUUUGUGUGUGCCAUUAAGCCACCUCCAGAUGAGUGGGGGAACAUUGACUUCUUAAUUUCAAAAAUUGUAUUUGAAAUUGUUGCUGUGUACUAAGAACUUGACCUAAAUAAAAUUCUACAAAGU